AAAACGUAGAUAUGGAACGAGAUAAGAAGCAGAUCAGACAGCUCGUCUAUAAAUAUGUUGUCCAGGCCACCGCUAAGCAGUGUACCUAGGUCCAAAGUCCACGUUGGAGACUCAUGUGAUAGAUCAGGUGACCAUCCUUCAAGUCUUUCCCCUUUCAACGAUGAGGAUUGAGCGGUGUGAAAUAUUGAAAAUCAAAAAGCAUCAAAUAAACAAUCAACAAGGUUCGCUGUCGUGUCUCCAUCCUAGGAUUGAAAACGUGGGCAUAUGGCACAUGGCAAGCCAGGAUUCUCACCACGGCGGCGGUGCAGUUGUGAUAUCCCGAAUGCUUGUCGUCCUCUCGUAUGCUGAAUACCACUUUCAAUGGCCUGCCGUUGCUGCGAGUCAUGGAUCAGCACUUAUUGAUCCAAAUAUUAACCAUAUGCGAGUAACCCGUUCCACGUCAGCCACCGUAUCUCGCCGCACAAGUACCUUCCCUUCCACUUCCAGUCGCAGUCGUCCUUUCUAGACCUCUUCCGACCGUUUGGGCUCGAGAGCUGUCAAAGAGACGAUCUCAGAUCUAAGUGAUGCUAGAAUGAAGCUAUAGAGUCGU